CCGUGCUCGUUACGCUCGCGAUGAUAGGAACCGCAUGUACGUUAGACUCCUAUCCCCUAGAUCUCGCUUGUCCGUUUUCGCGUUUCAAGGCGUGCGUCCAGAGAAAAGUUUCUUUGGCGACUAGCUGUCGUGAUGACAGUGCUAGGCACAGGCCCCCAGCAGACCACCGAGGGACUACGUGGAAUCUGCCAUUAGCCAAUGGUCUGUCAGUCUGGCAUGGACAGGUAUAUGACGACGACGUCAAGGACUACAUCGAUAUCGACGAGGAGGAGCCUGUUCCAGAAGCAGGAAAAAUAAUGGUGGCCAGGAAACAGAUCUCGGACACAGUUCUGACGUCACCAGUGGCACCUGAGGUCACAAAUAUCAGAGUCAAACUGUGACUUAUCAUUCACUGUCCAAGCACCUCGGAAUUUGCUUCCAGAACCCACAUUUCGUGAAGAAGACUCCUUUCUUCAAGACCCCUACGACUAUAAGAAAGUACUCUUCCCCUCCUUUGGGUCCUACGAUCGAAUUCUGGACACCGGGAAGCCUAUAAGCCGUAAAGUUCGCAGAUUUAUUGUCUGUGAACUGUUUCAAGCAUGCGUUAAAGUCACAUGGUUCCCUUCACAGAGACUGUACCAUCGCAUAAUUGAUCAGCUGCUCACGAAGCACCCACACUUGAAGGACUAUUUGGGAGAUGGCAUGGAGAGCUGGAAGGAAGGUCUUCGUAGGAAAUUUAAAAAUGAAAGACGGAAGCUUCAAGGUGACAUACCCAUCCUCACAAAAACGCGGGAGCGACACACAGCGAAAAGGAGGCCUGUAGAAGCUGCUGGGCAGUCUCCUAAAGUUCUGCGCCUUUCGCAUGCGGACCACCUUGUGCUUCAGGGGGAAACGGAGGAAACCGUCGCACAGCAUAGGCAAUGGCUUGCCACCCCUCUGUCGAGUCUCCUGCCUACCGAGAAAGACUUCUCGUAACAGCCCAAGCUCGUCAUGAGCACAUCAAAACACUAACAGUGGAUGAAGCUCUGCGUGUUUACCCCUUCCUGAAAGAUGAGCACACGCUCCUUCUGGAGUUCGAGGUGUUGUACCAAAGAAAUCUUCUUCCCCUACUGGAAGAAGGGUUCCAGCGCCUGGUUGAGCUCAUCAAGGAGCACGGCUCAGAGGAUGAGGUCCUUCUCAUCACGGAGAGCAUGGAAGACACCAGCGAAGUGGGACUCAAAAUAAUUGCAGCCAGAUGUAAAGAAGAGCUCUCAAUCUUCAUAACAGAGAACGAAGACAUGACCCUCUCUCCUGUGUUACGACGACAAGAUGGAAGCAUCAGUCUCUUUGUUGAUGCUGAGCGUGUCUGCGACUGCUCCUCCAUGCUUCUCGGUCUGUCAUCACUGUUCUCAGCCUACUGGAUCUUCAACGUCAGAUACCCAAAAAAAGGUGCUGACACUCUCACCUUCAUUGAAAGGGCAGUCUUGAAAUUGUCAGUCACCAAGCCGCGGUCAAAGUGUGUAGACCUCCUGCACUUUUUUCAUGCUCUGGACAAAUAAAAUUCCUGGCAAACAUGUA